AGGUGAUGUAGCCUUCUUGCGCUUUCUGCCAUCUUCGAUUCGAAGCCCAGAGUCGCCGCACGAACCGCCUCGAUCCGUCGCAUAAAUCUCGAUUCCCUGAGAUUGGACACGAACUGGAGCGGGCGAUGGCUGCUUUGCAAUUGGCAACUGCUGAAGUUUGCGAUGCUAACCCUCACCUAAUCCUCAGUGGUGAGCUUCGUGCGCUACACCCAAUCUUCCAAAUAUACGGGCGCAGACAGGUUUUCUCUGGCCCAAUUGUGACUCUCAAGGUCUUCGAGGACAAUGUUCUUGUGCGUGAAUUCCUGGAGGAGAAGGGUAACGGCAGAGUUUUGGUUGUCGAUGGGGGUGGAAGCAUGCGCUGUGCGAUACUAGGUGGAAAUCCAGUUCAACAAGCUCAGAACAACGGGUGGGCCGGUAUAGUUGUCAAUGGCUGCAUCAGGGAUGUUGAUGAGAUCAAUGGCUGUGAUAUCGGUGUACGAGCUUUGGCUUCUCAUCCGAUGAAGGCUAACAAAAAGGGGAUAGGUGAGAAGCAUGCUGCGAUAAAUGUUGCAGGAACAAGGAUCUGUGAUGGCGAAUGGCUUUAUGCAGAUACUGAUGGUAUCCUUGUUUCAAGGACAGAAUUGACAGUUUGAAGUCCUGGCUUAAUGUCGAUCUCUGCCAUGGCACUAGCAACCCACUGCUACUGAUUGUUCUCAACCUACGGCUUCUCCAAAUAUUUAUGUGCACUUGUAUUGAUUACAUCUUUUUGUUUACGGGUGAUUGAUGUGUACCACGGUGAGUAGGAACUCAUCUGAGAAAUGCCAUGAUGAACAAUAAGGGCCAUUUCUGGUGUUUAUGUUUCUAGUGUCUGUAGAAGAAAUAACUAUACUAUUUCAAUCGAGACGGUCAAAUCUUAUUAGUUUGUUCU